UUGCACUAUUGAAUCAUGCACUAAUAUAUAAAUGCUUCUUUGCAGACUAAACCGCUGUGACCUCACAGAUAAGUCCUGUGAAAUUGUGGCCUCAGCUCUCCAGUCAUCAAACUCACCCCUGAGAGAUCUGGACCUCAGCUACAAUAACCUGGGGGAUUCAGGAGUCAACCUGCUCUGUGCUGGACUGAGGAGUCCUAACUGUAAACUGCAGAGACUGGACCUCAGCUACAACUACCUGGGAGAUUUAGGAGUGGAGCUGCUCUGUGCUGCACUGAUGAGUCCAAAGUGUAAACUACAGAGUCUGGGGCUGGGUUGGUGUAAUCUCACAGAGGGCUGCUGUGAUGUUCUGGCCUCAGUCCUGCGUUCUCCUCGCUCAGAGCUGAGAGAUCUGGAGCUCAGAGACAAUGAGCUGCAGGAUUCAGGAGUGAGAGCGCUCUCUGCUGGACUGGAGGACCCACACUGUAAACUGCAGAGACUGGGGCUGUCAGGCUGUAGAGUCACACAGAUAGGCUGUGAUUCUCUGGCUUCAGCUCUAAGUUCAAACCCCUCCCACCUGAGAGAGCUGGACCUGAGUUACAAUCACCCAGGAGACUCAGGAGUGAGAGCGCUGUCUGCUGCUAAACUGGACACACUCACACUGCUUGUGGACCAUGGAGGAGAGAACAGGACCAAACCAGGACCCAGGAAAUACGGCUGUCAGCUCACAGUGGAUCCAAAAACAGCGGACAGAUGGCUGUCUCUGUCUGAGGAGAACAGGAGGGUGACACAAACGCUGGAGAGAAAGAAGCCAUGUCGUGAUUAUCCAGUGAGAUGUGAGCGCUGGCCCCUGGUUGUGUGCAGAGAGAGUGUGUGUGAGCGCUGUUACUGGGAGGCUGAGUGGAGUGCGUCUGAGGGGGGAGAGGUUGCUAUAGCAGUGACAGAUAUAGGAAUCAGCAAGAAAGGAGGGCAGCAUGAGUCUCAAUCUGGAAAGAAUAAAACCUCCUGGAUUCUGGUGUGCAAUGAACAACGUUACUAUGCCUAUCACAAUGAUAUCACCGCACACAUACCUGUCCACCCCUCCCCCUACCGCAGAGAAGGACUGUGUGAUGAUGCUGGUAGCGGAGUGUGUGUGUACAGGGUAGGAGUGUAUGUGGACCUUCUGGCCGGCACUCUGUCUUUCUACAGGAUCUCUGAUUCUGACACACUGACCCUCCUGCACAGAAUCCACACAGACUUCACUCAACACACACCCCUCUGUGCUGGAUUUAUAUUGUGGAACUCCUCAGUGUUCUUCUGCUAACUGGAGUAGAGACACAAGCACUUACUCUUACAAUUACUCACGCGCACAUACUCAUACACACACACAGACACACACACACACACUUGUGCUGGAAACAUACUUGAAUAAUCUCACACUACAUGCAUGUGAAGUGGCUGCGUCCCAGGCGAUAUUGUUCACGUGCCCGCCUGCUUCCUUUCUGUCUGACUGGAGGUUUAAAAGGUAUAUCCACUAGGGGGCAGAUCAUGGCUUCCCUUCAAAUGAUAACACCAUCCUUCCUGGCUUCCUGGCGUCAGUCACGUCACUAGGCGUAAAAUGAAUACUGCCCCCGUGGUUUACGCGGGUAUUGCACCUUGCAGACGCGUAGCGUUCAUUUUUGAGGACGUGCACAAAGGACGCUCUGAAUGACCACAGGAUACGCAUGACAGCCAUUUUGUGUACGCGGCCACGUCAUUUAAAUCAAGUGUGUUUCCAGCCUUACUCUCACACACGCACGCCCUCUCAUACACACAAGCACGCCCAUACACCCUCAUGCACGCACACACACGCAUAUGCAACCACACGCACACAU